AUGAGCACUCUGGAUUUCACUCCAGAACUUGGUAGUACUCUUGGAUCCUUGUUCAUUGGCGGCAUACUGACAACAGCGCUUUGGGGUGCUAGCGUGGUCCAGUUGUAUUUCUACUUCGAUAGACACUCGGGAUCCGAUGGCUGGUGGAUACAGACUUCGGUCAUCCUCAUCUGGGCGCUAGAUACUGUCCAUCAAGCCAUAUUCGUUCAUCUGCUGUACACGUCAUUAAUCACGAACUUCACGAAUCUUUUGCUUAUCGCCCACUUCGACGAAGAAGGGGCAUCUUUGAUCAUCGUUACGGCCUUUAUCAAUCUUUUUGUACAACUAAUAUUCAUGAUGCGUAUUUGGCACUUGAGCAAACGAAAUUAUUUACUUACUGGGAUCUCUGCGAUUUUCAUCAUCGCCCACUUUGCCUCGACUGCAGUGUACUUCGCUGUAUCUUACCAUUUCUCGAGUCUCACGCAGUUUUCAACUGUGUUCAACGUCGAACGUGUCAUGAAUUCCAUUGGAUUCCUCACCGAUACAACAAUAGCAGGGAUCUUAGCCUACCUGCUUACCGGCUUCCUGAUGGACCUCUGCUCUCUCACGGCGUUAAUAACUAGUGCGCUGCUUCCUGAUACUUUUGUAUUUUUAACAGUUUUGAUCAUAUAUCCGAAACUGUACACGAACUCUGUCUUUGCAUUAUUAAAUACGCGCCAUCGACGACGGCGGAAUAUUUCAUAUGGUACCGAUGGAAUGAUGUUCCGUGAAAGCGUGUGGUUACAAAGUGCGAACAACCAUACCCAUUCUCGCAAUGACUCUAACUUGGAGUUCACUGCGAUUGAAAUCAAAGUUGAUGCAGAGACAGUGGUUCGACGCGAAACGUCUGAAACUACUGCGUCUAAUCGUGCCUCAGCUUCACAUGACUGA